AUGGAGCUCCACUCCCUUGCUAAGAAGAGCAGCCAGGCAGACCUGUGUGAUGCUGUGGACUGGAGUUCAGGAGGGCCUCCUGGGGACCAGACAGAUGCAGCAGCCACUAGAGCUGCCCUCUGCUGCCAGAGACACUGCACAUCCACACCAAGAGCAACAGUGUUGGAAUCAUCUAAACUGAGCCUUUCUCCAGCUCCCCCUUCUUCCUCUGUACAGGACUGUGGUAUUCAGCCAGACCCCUUACCACCAGAACCUGUCAACCCCGAGAACAAACAAAUAAUAGAAGAACGGAAAGUCUGCAGCUGCUGCAGCCAGGAAUUGGAAACUUCUUUUACCUAUGUGGACGAGAAUGUCAACUUGGAGCAGUGGAACCAGAGCUCUCCUUCCACAAAAGGGAGGAAUCACCCAGGAACUCCUGGCUGGGGAAAUCCAAACGAGUGGCCCCAUGAGCCUGCCAUGUCUUUGAUAUCCGAAGAUGAAGAUGACACAAGUUCUGAAGCCACAUCAUCAGGGAAGUCCGUAGACUAUGGCUUCAUCAGCGCCAUAUUGUUCUUAGUCACGGGGAUCUUGCUGGUGAUUAUUUCUUACAUUGUCCCACGGGAUGUGACUGUGGACCCCAACACUGUGGCCGCCCGGGAGAUGGAAAGGCUGGAGAAGGAGAGUGCAAGGCUGGGGGCUCACCUGGACCGCUGUGUGAUUGCUGGACUCUGCCUCCUCACACUUGGAGGCGUCGUUCUGUCCUGUUUGCUGAUGAUGUCUAUGUGGAAGGGGGAGCUGUAUCGUCGAAACCGAUUUGCCUCUUCCAAAGAGUCUGCAAAACUGUAUGGUUCUUUCAACUUCAGGAUGAAAACUGGUACUAAUGAAAACACGCUGGAACUAUCCUUGGUAGAGGACGAUGCUCUUGUUGUACAGAGUUAA